GAUGGCUCGCCAUCUUAGAUUUUGACAUCCAUUGAGAAUCAUCCUCAAAACGACAUUAGCUGGUUAUUGUCGAAAAAGAAAUACGAUUUUGUGUGCUUUGCAAUCGAAGUGAAAUAUGGCUAAAUUAACAUACGUUUACAGAUCAGAUGAGAUGAAUUGUGUAAAAGUAUCAAAAAGACAGCUGCCUCUAAUAGGAGGAGAAAACUUGAUGAUGCUCAUGGACUUGAAUUCCAGAGGGCUGGUAUUCGAUCAGCCUCCAGUAAGAGGACAAGAUCUAGACGAGUUCACAAAAAAAUACAAAGUGUUGAAUCCAGCUGAGCUGCGUUUAUCUUUGAACGUACCGACCGUGGAAUUUACGUCUGUUCUUAGCCAAAAUGUGCCUUGCGUUGGUUGUCGCAGAAGUGUUGAGAGACUAUUUUAUCAACUAAUGCUUUCCGGUCACCCAACGCUGGAUCCGAUUGUUAUUACGGGAAGAGGGGUUUUAACCAUCAAUGAGGAUAAAAUGAAAUCCCCGCAAGCAUUGUGUACUCUUCUUCAUAAACACAAGCUAGUGUUGGACGAGCUACUAGAUAAUCAGUUCCGGAACAGAAAGAAUUUGCGCUGCAAUUUACAUUCGCUAGACACGUUCCGUUCCCGACCGUUCUCGGAGACCUGGAAGGAUGUGUGGAACUGCAUGAAACAACAAUGCAAGGAUGAGCUUGCUGUAAUUGAAUCCUCCGAACUACAUACAAUGCUUGAUGGAUAUUUGAAGAAGCAUAAGUUUUGCCAAGAAUGUAGAACAAAGGUGGAAAAGGCUUAUUCGUUACUGAUAAAUGAAAGUAAUCCAGCAAAAGAGAAAGGAUAUGUUGCUCAUCUAUAUUCCGGAAUAAAACGAUGUCUAUCUGACAAGCACAUUCAUUUACAAACAAAACUUGAAUAUAUUGACGCUCUAAUAAAACGUGCAGAACCGGAACUAAAUGGAAGAAAUUCAAAAAAUCGUGAGCGACAUGCCAAAACGCUUGAAAUUGCUCAAGAAGAAGUACUCACCUGCAUUGGAAUGUGUCUUUAUGAGAGACUUCGGAGAAUUAGUGUAUGUUUGCGGGAAGAAGAAAAUGCUUGUCAAGUGUUAGCUGCGGUAGCUGUUCAUGCGUUAAGUCGUAGUUUUGACAUGGCAGUUGAGAAGAAACAAGGAAUCAGUAAUUUAGAAUUACUGUAUGAGGAAAUAAGUCGCGAAGAACGAUGCAAAGAGCACAAGAAGGAACAAAAGAAGCUAAAGAAACGGAAGAAGCGCAAUGAAAAGAAGCUAACGGAUAAUGCUUCGGACAAACUAGCAAAGUGUAGUGGAGAACCCGAUUCCAAAAUAUGUUCGUGUUCAGCUGAUGAUAUUGAAGAAGACGAUGAGGAAGACGAUGAUCGAGUAAUGCUUUGCGAUGGAACAAUUAUCGAUGCUGGCCCUAAAUCGAUUGCACCGAUGAACAAAAAUGAAUCCGGUACAACUAAAACGCAAACUAUGGGAUGUGAUUGCUCAUCGUGUCAAGGAUCCAGCAUUGAAAAGAUAAAUAAUACUAACUCAUGUAGCAGAACAUCAUGUGAUGGAGGCUAUUCUUCAGAACCUCUUCAUUCCGAAUCAUUACACACUUCUUCGAAUGUGGACUCAGCAACAUCAAGCUUAGUUAGUACUCCGGAGGGCUCUGAAGUUGCAUGUUCUGAUGGGUUAUGUAACCAUGGAGGAUCGGUACACUCAAAAAAUAAAUAUGCACCGUUUUCUCCUAGAAAUUGCGUUGGAACAUUACGAUCACCAAGCUUUUUGCAAAGUUCGAUUUCAGGGCUUCCAAUGACGUUACAGGAAAUGCUUGAUAAGUCAUCAACUGAGGAGGAUGACGCGGAAAACGAUUUCAUCCCUAAUGAAUGCAUACUGGAGUUCAAAUCACGCAGCAACGUUAUAAAGAAACAACGAGAGGCUCUCCGCCAGCAGCUUUUGAACAAUUUCAAACAACUAUGCGUCAAGCAUUGCAAGAAGGAGGAAUCAAACGAAAAUUGAAGGUGAGGUGUUUUUGAGAUUUAGCAAAAAUGAUAAUUUUAUAACGUUUCAAAUAAACAUAAUAUAUGACGCCA